AACUUGAAACCAACUUUAUCCUUAACUUAAAAGAUGACAUCCUCAACGGCUGAGAAACUCUGUCGUCGAUUCUCACUUGCCGAAAUCAACUUAGCUACCGGAGAUUUCAGUUUUGAGCAAGUGAUCGGAAAGGGUGGUUUUGGUGAAGUUUACAGGGGCUUCAUUGAUAAAGGGUCAUCUGUUGUGGCCAUAAAGCGGUGUGUAGGAUCAAAUUCGAGUCAAGGGCAGACAGAGUUUGCGGCGGAGAUUGAAACAUUAAGUAAAUUCCGACACCGUAAUCUAGUAUCUCUUAUUGGAUACUGCGAUGAGGAUGGAGAGAUGAUUCUUGUUUAUGACUACAUGUUGAAUGGAACGCUAGCAGAUCACCUCCACAAGAAUAGCAAGGGCGGCUCAACUCUCUCAUGGAAUGAACUACUUAAGAUAUGUAUUGGAGCUGGGCGAGGUUUGGACUAUCUUCACUCUGGUUGCUCCAUCAUACACCGCGAUGUCAAGCCUACUAACAUCCUUUUAGAUGAAUAUUUCAUUGCAAAGGUUUCAGAUUUCGGAUUAGCCAAACAUUUAGAGAAUGAUAUCUUACAGAGCCAUGUUUUCACAAAUGUUAAGGGCUCAUUUGGGUAUUUUGAUCCAAGUUAUUUUAUCUCCGGCAGACUUACAAGAGCAAGUGACACAUAUUCUUUCGGAGUAGUGUUAUUGGAGGUGUUGACUGGGAGACCAGCGGUUGACAAGAGGCUUGCGGAAAAUGAGCUCUGUAUGAGCAUGUGGGCUCAAGAAAAGAUUCGGAAUGGGAAAGCUGACCAGAUUGUAGCUUCAAAUUUGAAGGGAGAUAUCACACAAGAUUGCCUCAAGACAUUUGUUGAGGUUGUGAAAAGAUGUUUGCAUCCUGAACCCAAGAAACGACUCACGAUGACUAGAGUUGUGGCACAGCUUGAGUUAGCCCUUGAACAUCAGGAGAUGAAAGGGACGACGACACAAAAAUUACAAUUCUGGCCUAAUUGGAACAGAGUUCCAAAAACUACAGUUUUGCCAUCUGGCAAAGGAUCAACAGUUGACGUUGAUAAGCAGUCAAAGGCUGUCCCUGGCUUAACUGUGCAUCAUACUAUCAAUAUGCUGCCAAUUUAUGUCCCUUCCAUUCCACUAGCUGAAAUAAGUUACAUUAAUGAAGAAUUUCAAGCACCUGAAAUAAAGCACACGAUUGAUGAUGUUGUUCCCGGGAAUUUGAGUGUUAGUGCAGACAGAGGAGUAAAUGACAAAAGUGGAAACGAAGAAAAUUUUCAAAGGCUCGAGUACAUACAAGAGCGUGAAUUUUUCGCACAGUAUUCAAAGGCUCGGCACAUGCAUGAUGGUUUUAUUCCCAUGAGUAUGAGUUCUAGUUCAGUGAGAGAGGUAGAUGUAUUCCAUAUAGUACUCAAAAGUGGACAAGAAGCAAUAGUUAAAUGGCUCGACAACAUGCCAGAGCAUGACUUUGUAGCACAGGUCUCAACAGUAUCUAGCUUGAAACAUGAAAACGUGGUUCAACCAAUUGGUUAUUGUUUGAAUGGUGGCCGGCAGUUUCUGGUGUAUGGGUUUUCCACACAAAGGUCCCUACAUGAUAUUCUUCGCGAUAUGAAUGUCUUAUCUUGGUCCCAAAGAACCAAGAUUGCUGUUGGGAUUGCAAGGGGAUUAUGCUACAUUCACGAAAAUCAUUUGAUUCAUCAUGACUUAAGAUCCAGCAAUGUUUUUCUUUUUGAUGAUGAAACUGCAAAGAUAACUUGGGCUGAGUGUCAACCUAAUGUCAAGAGUUGUUAUGAUGCUCCAGAAGGGAAUGGUGAGUUCACUCAAAAGAGUAAUGUUUUCAGCUUUGGUGUGAUUCUCCUUGAGCUCUUGACAGUUGAUCCCAAAUGGCAUCCAAUGAACCGCCUUUUGACAUGGCUUGAUUCAGGCAAGGUACACGAGAUUGUGGAUGCUAGAUUAAAAGAAGACUGCCCCCCCGAGGAAGUUGAAAAGAUGGUUCAAUUAGCUCGAAUGUGCCUUCUAUUUAGACAAGAUACUCGUCCGGACAUGCCCUACAUUGUACGCGAGCUUUCAUGACGUGUUUUCUGAAAACCAAAUCACAAUAGUCUCAGAGAGGCAUGCAUGAAAGCAAGGGAGCUGAAGAAAGAUGGCAGCCAAAAUGAAAGAAAUAACUUCAUACAUGCCUGGGUAAAUUUGCAUAUUUCAUUUCAUUGGAUUUUAUUUGAAUUCUUUUCAAAUUUGUUUGUUGUUUGUCGUUUCUUGCGUAGGCUGAAAUGUUAGUAUUUUAAUGUUUGUUAUAUAGGCUGAAAUCUUGUUUGUGAGUGCUUGAUUCUUGCACUUUUAUGUGCCAUCGUAUGAUGAGAUAUUCUUGUGUAUGCUAAGUAGUACUGUACUAGUA